AUGGAUAAGAUAGCCAAAAAUUGGAAAAAACUAAGUGGAAUAGAGAACCAUUGGAAAAAUUCAUUAAACCCACCAUCUCCCGAGCUCCGUACAUAUAUUAACCACUAUGGCGAAAUGUCUGAAGCCGCAUACGAUGCAUACAUUAAAGCUCCACAGUCAAAGAAUGCCGGAAAUUGCAAGUAUGCUAGAAGGAAUUUCCUUAAUAAGGUCGGCCUUAUUAACGGCCGCCCUUGGAACCAAUAUGCAAUAACAAAAUACUUAUAUGCGACGUCUUCUGUUGUAGUUCCUGGCGUGUUUGUUAUAUCUUCGUCCCCACAGGCUUGGAGCAUGAAGUCGAAUUGGGUGGGGUUCGUUGCAGUGACUACGGACGAAGGGAAAAAAGUAUUAGGACGAAGAGAUAUUAUGAUCGUUUGGAGAGGCACGAUUAACCCUUCGGAUAGCAUUCAUGAUGCCGAGUUCAAGUUGGUUUCGGCUCCAAAAGUAUUUGGUCCAGUCCACAAAGAUAACCCAAAAAUACAUGAAGGCUGGUACGCGAUCUAUACUACUAACGAUCCUAAAACGCGGUACAACAAAAUUAGUGCCCGAGAUCAGGGCUCAGGUCAAGCCAGGUCGGGCCAGUUCAGCUCGGGUGUCAACCGGUGCAUAUGCCUACUUACAGUCAUGCAAAAACUCAACCGAGUCAUCGAAAACAUUAAGGAUGAAUAUCGAAAAUUGAUUCAUCCUUAA